AUGGCAGCAGAUUCAGAUCGUACUAAAGAUCAAGAACAUAUUUUUAAAUUAAUAAAAGAUAUUCAAUUUGCUAUGUUGACAACAACAGAUGAAGAUGGCAGCCUUCGCUCACGUCCUAUGGCAUACAAACAAGGUGACAGUGAUUCAAAGACUGAACUUUGGUUUUUUACCCGAACAGAUUCAUCAAAAGUUCCUGAAAUCAAAAAACACUCACAAAUCAAUGUAUCAUUUAGUAAUCCAUCACAUCAAUCAUAUGUUAGCAUAAGUGGUCAUGGUGAAAUUGUUAAAGACAAAACAAAAGCUAAAGAAUUAUGGAAUCCAUAUUUAAAAGCUUGGUUUCCACAAGAACUUGAAGAUCCUAAUUUAAGUUUACUUAAAGUAACCAUUGAAGGAGCUGAAUAUUGGGAUUCAGCAGCAUCACUCAUGGUUCGAGCUGUUGGUUAUGUUAAAGCUGCAUUCGGUGAUGGAUCAACACUUGAAGGUGAAAAUAAAAAAGUUCAUUAUCCAUAA